AUGCCAGCUACUGAAGAAGUUGGUGCUACUGCAAGCGCUACUAACGCAACUAAAAGUUUAAAAUCGCAAGCAAAAUCGCAACAUAAUCAUCCACCGUAUGGUAAUAUGAUCAAGGCUGCCUUAUCGGCUACACAGGACAAGAAGGGACUGAGUCGUGCAGCAAUUCUGAAGUAUAUCAUGCAAAAUUUUGCAGUUGGCGAAAAUCCUACUAUGGUUAAUGCGCACCUUAGAAUGGGACUAAAACGUGGCGUCACAUCAGGUGUUCUGAAGCAGAUGAAAGGUACCGGCGCUUCUGGAUCAUUCCGUUUAGCUGAUGCAAAAUCGGAAGCGCCUAAAAAAGUCAAGAAGCCAGCAAUUACAAAAUCUGCUACAUCUGGCGAUAUGAAAAUGCUGUCACCGAAAAAAUCGAUGAAAGCAAAAUCUGGCACAAAAAAGGUGACUGCACCAAAGGUUUCGAAACCAAAAGCUGAGCCCAAAAAGAAAGCAAGCACUGUUUCUGCCGGAGCAACCCGAAAAAAUAAGAAGAAUGUUGGCAGACCGAAAAAGGCGGAAGGUUCAGCAGCUAAAUCGAAGCCAGGAAAGAAGUCGGCAGUGGCACAUGCAAAGAAAAAGGUUGCGGCUUAA